AAGGCCACACCAACACUCUCCUCUCUUCCCUUCCCUUCCCUUCUUCUCUCUGCUUAUUUUACUUUUCCUUUUACCAUCAUCUCUCUCUGUCUUUAUACAUUUUCCCGAGAAAGAAAUAAAAAGGAAAGCUUUCUCUGGGUUUUUCUUGAUUGGUCAAUUACACAUCUCCCUUUCUCUCUCUCUCUCUCUCUCUCACCUUGCUUGCUUGCUUGCUUCAUCUCUUUGGUCUCCUUCUUGCGUUUUCUAUUUACAAACAAGAGAGAGACUUUAAGCAAUAGAAAAAAAAAAAGAGAGAUAUUCUUUCUCUCAGAUAUGGGUUAGUCUACAAUUUUCAUUAAACCUCUUCUUCUUCUUCUUAGGAUUAUUUUAGCUCUGUUUUUUUAGGGUUAGGGUUUUUAGGUGAGGAGAGCAAGUAUGCGGGAGUUUCAUCCUUUUUGAGCUACUCUGGAUUCCUCACCGUCUUACGACGACCACCGUCGCCGCCGCCGCCGUCUCGACGAAGACGCUGACCUUCCUCAAUAUGCUCGACCAGUGGCUGACGACCAAUACCUUCACCCGCCGCCUCCUUCUUCAAUGAGGCACCGUGCAACGUCGGAGGCGGCGGACGGCGGCUGCGGCGAGAUCGUUGAGGUGCAAGGUGGUCACAUUGUUCGGUCUACCGGAAGAAAAGAUCGCCACAGCAAGGUCUGCACGGCCAAAGGACCACGUGACCGGCGCGUGAGACUCUCUGCUCACACGGCGAUUCAGUUCUACGAUGUUCAAGACAGGCUUGGUUUCGACCGACCUAGCAAAGCCGUUGAUUGGCUUAUCAAAAAGGCUAAGUCUUCCAUUGACGAGCUCGCUGAGCUUCCUCCCUGGAAUCCCGCCGAUGCAAUUCGCCUAGCCGCUGCUAACGCUAAACCCAGAAGAACCACCGCCAAAACCCAAAUCUCGCUGUCACCCCCGCCGCAACAGCAACAACAACAGCAACAGCUUCAUUUCGGUGCUGGAUUCGACAGAGGAGGAGCAGAGCAUCCGAGUAACGAGUCCAGUUUUCUCCCGCCGUCGAUGGAUUCAGAUUCGAUAGCUGACACUAUAAAGUCGUUUUUUCCGGUGGUUGGUUCUUCAACGGAGGCUCCUCCAAAUCAUCAGCUUAUGCAUAAUUAUCACCAUCAUCCGCCGGAUUUGCUUUCUCGAACUAAUAGCCAAAACCAAGAUCUCCGUCUCUCGCUGCAAUCGUUCCCGGAUGGUCCACCGUCGCUUCUCCACCACAACCACCAUCACCACACCUCUGCUUCCGCCUCCGAGCCUGUUCUGUUCUACGGGCAGAGCAAUCCGUUAGGGUUUGACACAUCGAAUUCUGUGAGUUGGGAGCAGCAGUCGUCGGAAUUCGGAAGGAUUCAGAGACUGGUGGCUUGGAACAGCGGCGGUGGCGGAGCAGCCGAUACAGGAAACGGAGGAGGGUUUGUGUUCGCUCCUCCUCCUUCAACGGCGUCGUUUCAGCCAGUUCUUGGCCAAAGCCAACAGCUUUAUUCUCAGAGGGGUCCCCUUCAGUCCAGUUACAGUCCCAUGAUCCGUGCUUGGUUUGAUCCUCACCACCAUCAUCAAUCCAUCUCCACCGACGAUAUCAACCACCACCACCACCAUCACCUUCCUCCGCCGGUUCACCAAUCAGCAAUCCCCGGAAUUGGAUUCGCCUCAGGUGAAUUCUCUUCCGGUUUUCGCAUACCAGCACGGUUUCAGGGCCAAGAAGAGGAGCAGCACGACGGUCUCACUCACAAGCCGUCCUCUGCUUCCUCUAUUUCUCGCCAUUGACAAUCGAAACUAAUCCUCUCAAUUCCAGGGCUUGUCAAGCUUCCAUGCACAUUGAAGCUUUGCUCGGAACAGGGGAGGUGUUCUCGGUUUGUGUAUUCAAUGGCCUAAAACUAGAAAACGCAAGGAAAGGAAGAAAAAGAAGAAGAAGGAACAGCAAAUGUAGCUCACAAUUUGAGGUUCUUCUUCCAAUAUCCUAACCUUGCCAUUUGUAAUUUUUCAUCUUUUCACCAGUUAGACCAACGUCCUGGAGCUCAAUUAUGGUUAGAUUCACAAGGUUGCUUCUUGUUGUGUUAUGUUUGUAACUUUGUAUCAUCAUCUGCAAUACCCAGAUACUUGAGUUAUAACUCCAUGGAUGUUCUAAUAAAGUCUUAAACUUUCUCUUUGGGUUUU